GAGUUCUUUUUCUCGUGUUGUUUUACGAAAUAACAGGAGAAAAGGAACUCUAUCUAAAAAAGAAAGAAAGAUGGUUGGAUUCGCAGGUACAACACAAAAAUGUGAUGUUUGUGAUAAAACCGUUUAUUUGGUUGAUAAAUUAGUCGCUAAUCACCGGAUUUAUCACAAAUCCUGCUUCCGAUGCCAUCAUUGCAAAGGAACCCUCAAGCUUAGCAACUUCAAUUCCUUCGAUGGAGUAGUUUAUUGCAGGCCUCACUUUGAUCAGCUCUUCAAAAGAACUGGCAGCUUGGAAAAAAGUUUUGACGGGACACCAAAGUUCAAGCUAGAAAGGACUGUUAGUAGCGAUAGUUCAAGCAAACUUUCAGGUUACUUUGAGGGUACCAGAGAUAAAUGUGUUGGAUGUGCCAAGACAGUUUAUCCAAUUGAACGGGUUAAGGUGGAUGGGUCUGCAUACCACAGAAGCUGCUUUAAAUGUUGCCAUGGAGGAUGCACAAUAAGCCCAUCAAAUUACAUUGCUCAUGAGGGCAGGCUCUACUGCAAGCACCAUCAUAUCCAACUCUUUAAGCAGAAAGGAAACUACAGCCAGCUUGAGGUUGAGGAAUCCGCUGCACCUCCCGAAUCAUAAAAUUCCAGGAUUGAUCAUUUCAUUCCCUUGAUUUAGCUUCAUUGCUUCGAUAUGUCGUCCAUGGUGUUUUUAAAAGUUGUUGAU